UCGCCCAUGUUCUUACUUUCGACCAUUUUCAUUUCCGCAUCGUUUUUGAAAUCCGCACAUUUUGUUUUCCCAUGUUCUGUGAUUCGAGGGGAAGUCCACUUUCGAUGCAAAAUCAAAAAACAGCUGAUUUUGCUGUGUUUAGUGAAAUUUGUAAACAAAACAAGAAGCAAACAUACGUUUAUUUGUUUUAAGCCGGCAUACAAAUUUGUUAGUUUAUCAAAUAAUUUUUGUAAAAUAUGCCUGCAGGCAUGUUUUUGGCUUUGUUAGCUUCUAGAAAAGAAGCAUUUUAUUUGGAACGUGUUAAACGUCGUAAGUUAAGGGAUGCUUUUGAUCCUACCGAUAUCCCAGAUAGUUGCUUCAUUGCUCUGUAUAGACUAAACAGGGAAGCAUUUUCAGAUGUUUUGAGAGAAGUUGGUCCAUAUAUAAAAAAAGGAAGCAUUCCAGUUAAGCUUCAAUUGGCGGCUACCCUAAGACAUCUUGCAGUGGGCAGUUUUCAGGGAGUCAUUGCAAACGACUUGAACAUCGGUAUUGCACGUACAACAAUGUGCAAACUAUUGUGGCAAGUUAUAAAAGUGCUUGAAGACAAAUUAUGUCCAAAAUGGAUAAAUCUCGAAAUGUCCGAAAAUGAAAUGCAAUCGUCAAAGAUGCACUUUUACGAAAAAUUCGGAUUGCCUGGGGUGAUAGGUUGCGUUGAUGGCACACACAUUAGGAUAAUUAAACCACCCUUGGAUGCAUCUCUCUACUACAACAGGAAGGGAUAUUUUAGCAUUAAUGCAAUGAUUAUUUGUGACUACCAAAUGAGAAUUCGUGCUAUAGAGGCUGGUAGGCCAGGAUCUUCUCAUGAUUCAUUUAUUUGGAAUUUAAGUGAAGCCAAAAUUUUCUUCACAUCCCAAAGAAGGAAUGGAAUGCGAAACAGUUGGCUUCUAGGGGAUAGUGGUUACCCACUUGAAUCAUUUCUCAUGACUCCAUUCAAAGAUCCUCAACCUGGAACUCACCAGCACCGUUUUAAUAUUGCGCAUACCUCAGCUAGGAAUAUAGUUGAAAGAACUAUCGGCAAUCUCAAGAGCAGAUUUAGAUGCUUACAAAACAGUGCGAUUCAAUAUGUUCCGCAGAAGGUAGUUAAACUUGUCAACGUUUGUUGCGCAUUGCACAACAUUUGCAAGCACUACAAUUUACGAUAUGAAGAUAUUCUUGUUGAUAACGAACCCCCAGACCAAGAAGAUGAUAUAUAUUCUGAGGAGAACGAUGACUUGCCAAAUAGCGCCGAAAGCCGAACAAUUAGAGAUAACAUUGCAUUAUCACUCUCAUAACUUUCACUAAAAUAAAUGCCAAUAUUUUUAAAACUUUUAUUAAACAAAAAAUAAGGAACUUUCAA